AUGCCUCCGCCGGGGCUCCUGUACCGGGGCUGCCUUCCUUCCCUGCGGGGCAUACCGAGCUGCGGGACGCCCGGUGCCCGCGGUGCCGCCGGCCGGGACACGGAUCCCGCCUGGCCCGGCGGUGCCCGGGUGGUGCCCGGCGCGGGGCCCCGGGGCGGCGGGGAGGGGUCCGUGGGCGGGGCGGGGCCCCGGGGCGGCGGUGCCGGUGCGGGCCGGGCUCACGUUACGGCGGCCCCAUUGGCCGGGGCGGGGCGGGGCGGGGCCGCCGGGCAGCGCCGGGAGGCGGCGGGCACGGCCGGGCGCUCCGUCCGCUGUCGCUGCUGCAGCUGCUGCUGCUCCGCCACCGGUACCGGCGGCUCUGGGAGCGGGGCCGGGAGCGGCGCCGGGGGAGCAGGACCGGGCAUGCACAACGCCCGCCCAGACGAGCUCGGCGCCGACCGGGUGAGUGCCGCCGCGGGCACCGGGAGGGAACGGGACGGGACCACCGCGCCCGCGCCCCGCCGCCCCGGGACUGCGGGAUUCCGUGACGUCCGGGCGCUGCCGGCACGGCCGGGGCUGGGUGCCUGCUUGCUCACCCGACAAGCCGCUGCACGCCGGCCGGCUCCGCGCAGGAGCCGCAGGAAAGCGGGGCCCGGGGCUGGAGGCAAGCCGGGACCUGCGGCCCGCUCUCCGCACCCUGCCGCACGCCCAUUGCGCCAGCGAAGCCCCCACCAGCCGGGGCGGGGGGGCGCGGGGUGCCGAGCAGGGUGGGAUGGGGAUGGCGGGGUGCCGAGGAGGGUGGGAUGGGAUGGAGAUGGCGGUGCUGGCCAUGUGCUGAUCUCCCUUUCCCUGCAGUGGUGCCGGCGGGACGCGGGCCCGACGCCGCGGGCGCACAUGCGCGGCACGCGGCAGACACCGCAGCACCCCGGGAGGGCCACGGGGCCGGCCCCCCGUGCCCCGCGCCCCGGCUCGGCGGCGGACUCGGCCUGCAGCCUGGAUCCCGGUGGCGAGGAGGAGGAGGGGGGCGGCCCGGCCGCUCACUCCCCCCCGGCCAGCGAGCGCAGCCUGGAGUUCGACUCGGGCUACUCGGAGGCGUCGGGGGGCACGUGGAGGGAAGAGGAGGCGCCCGUGCGGCGCCGGCAUCUGCUGCCCUGCCAACGGGCACACCGGCUCUCCGCCGGCCCCGCCGCCCCGCCGCCCGUCCCCGCCCGCCGUGUCCGCCCCAAAUCCACCUCGGACGCCUGCCUGGAGCAGUGGCGGGCCCUGGAGCCCGCCGACACGCAGGACUGGACUGUAGCGCUGCUGUCGCAGAGCCGGAACCGGCAGCCUCUGGUGCUGGGCGACAACUGCUUCGCUGACCUGGUGGAGAACUGGAUGGACCUGCCCGAGGUGGGCGCCGAACCGCGUCGCCGGGCCCCCGCCGAGCCCUCCCGCCGGCUGGCCAAGCCCCCCGCCUUCCUGCUCAGCCUCUCGGGCAACGUGCGCCGCAAGCUGGCCAACAUGGCCCGGCCCCGGGGGACCGACGGUGCCCGGCCGGGGGGCCGCGAUGCCACCAAGCGUUUCUCCUGCCCGCUGGGGCUGGGGGGACAGCCCAAGGGCGCCUGCUUCCACCAGUCCCACAGCAACAUCGCCCAGCUGGCCACGGACUUCCACCGCUUCACCGCCUUGAUGAACAGCCGCAGCCGCCAGCCCAUCAUCUGCAACGACGUUAUCGGCUACAUUUAGCCCGGCUGCUGCGGCGGCCCG